AGAGGUGGCACAAAUCAUCCUGCCAAGUCAAACAGCUACAAAGUCUUCAGGACAUUCUUUUCUUUUCUCUCUUUGCCUGCCACCCUGUCAGUCAAAUCAGUUGAAAGAUGCUGAUCACUUUGUUUUUCACCCUCAUGGUGUCUUCUGUCUUUUCCGCUGAGAAAGACAGUGCCUUUCCCAGACUGACCGACACCAAAGCUGCUGAGGCCUUCAUCGACUCUGCUGAAGUGGUGGUCAUCGGAUUCCUGGAGGGAGAGGAGAGUCGUGGCUAUCAGGAACUUGUUUCAGCUGCAAAGCAAGUUGACUCAGUCCCUGUAGCCAUCUGCACCGAGAAAGAGGUGUGGGCGGACUACAACCUCUCCUCAGACACCAUCACCCUUUUCAGAAAGGCAGAUAACCACCAGGAGAACCUUGUUAUUGCCAAAGCCAAGAAGUUAGAAGCUGAUGGUCUUGUAAACUUCAUCACCAUCAAUGAGGUCCGAUACAUCACAGAGUACAACCAAGUGACCGCAGUGGGCCUGUUCAAUUCUGGGGUGAAGACACACCUCCUGCUCUUUGCCAGCAGGGGGAGUAAAGAAUACACUGAGCUGAAGGAGCGACUGGGAGCUCUGGCCCCUGACUUCACAGGCAAGUUCUUGUUUGUGAUGAUUAAUGGAGCAGUGAAGUCCAACUCCCGGUCACUGGGCUACUUUGGCCUGAAGUCCAAGGACCUCCCACGAGUUGGUAUAUACGAUAGUGACUCUGACAUGAAGUGGCUCAUGCCCGAGGGAGAGAUCUCCACUGAGCGUGUCCGGGAGUUCUGCGAGUCCUUCUUACGAGGGGAACUGAAGGAGGUGAAGCAGGCAGGAGAAGAGGCCAAAACAGAGCUCUAGGAAUCCAAAACAAAUGUAAAUGAAUGAAUAUGUAUUAAAUAAAGGACUAAAUGGAAAAGGGCCGUGAAAGUAUGGCUGUGUGUGAUAAUGUA